GCGGACGCGCUCGCGUUCCCACUCCGGGCACAAGGCCGCCGCAGACCUGCCCGACCUGCUGCCGCGGAUCCAGAAAAUGGGUGCCUAUGGAGACUACAUGGAGUUCAGGACGGGGUAUCUGAAUUGGCGCCAAGGCGGUUUCCGUGGGGCGAAGAGGUCCAUCUUCAUCGACAACAAAACGAACAGUGACUUCGAAGAUGAGCAGCCGUGGUACGCUCAGGGCGCCGCGUGGAGCUUCAACAACACGCUGUCGUACUGGAUUGCCGUGACCUUCCUGGAAGGCUCCAUCAUCUUCAUGAUCAGCUGCUUCAUUGGGUGCCUGCCAGAGGAGGCGUUCGGCGCCAACCGCGCGCCCGUCACCUCCUGGGCCAUGGUGAUUGGCGGUUCGUUCUACACCAUCUGCACCUACCUGAUGUGCAUCGAGACGGCGAACCUGAACAAGGACGAGUUGUCGCUGAACCCCUUCAACUGGCGCCGCGCUGUGGAGGCCCUAGACGAAGCGGGAGUUGGGCCGGAGCCAUACAUUGCCUCCAUCACGUAUUUCCUGGGCGCCUUGGUCUACACCGUGCCAGUGGUGGCCGAUCUCGUCUACCCCAGCGCCUCUGGUGCGAUGGACGUCGUGCUGUUCACAGGGCCCUACAUUGUGGCCGGCGCCUUUUUCGCCGUCGGCGGUUUCGUCGAGUGCAUCGAACACGAGGUGUUCUCAACUCCCCCCGACCAUCACGGCUGGUGGGGUGCGUUCCUCAAUUUCGUGGGCGGUUUUUUCUUCACUAUCGCAGGCGUCGCGGUCGUGUGGUCAGGAUGGUGGUGCAGCUUUCUCUUCGGCAUCGGCUCAUCAAUUUAUACUAUAGGGUCGUUGAUCAUGGUCAUCAUGUGGAAGGACGAGCAGUUUGGCCUCACCUUCCUUGCGGCCAUCAACAACAUUUACCGUCCCCCUACGGCGAAACCGCACUUCUCCUUCCGCGGGCUGGCAUUCCUAAUUUUAUACAUAUGCGUAUCGGUGAUGGUGGUGUAUAACUUCAACUUGGUAUUGCGGGCCGUGAUGCAGAAGCCGUCGUGGCUUUUGUUGGGUACCCUCUUCAACGAGGGAGCUCCGUUCGUCGCCUUUCACAUGAUGAUGGCAGUCUUGUCAGCGAACUAUCGGGUUCCCAAGGAAGAGCCGUACCAUUCGCUCAUGAUCGGAGCUCGUUGUUGCUUGGUGUUGUGCGCACUCAAAGCCUCUUUCACGUUUUAUUUCUCUGUCAUUGACAGUCACUUCUUCGACCUUGACGGAAAAGGUGAUCGCGUCAACGGCGGGGACGCGCGUAUCGCGUAUCAGGUCUUAUCUUCAGGGGGGGCGGGGGCAGGCGCCUCGCGCCUGCCGAAGCUGCAGCUGCCCCCGGGCCAGGGCGUGCGCGACGCCGUGGCCGAGGCGUGCAAGCUGGCCCGCGACGGCGAGCUGAAGAGCGCGCAGCAGGCCCUCAAGGGCGCUGUCGCGGGGGGCUUGCUGCCGCCAGCGGCGCAGCGUCAGGUUCCACUGGUGCCCAAGAUCACAAUCUGCGAUAUCGACCAUUACAUAGACGGGGAGAAUGAAGUAUUUUUCCUCGACGGCAUCACCGCCGUCUACACGGUUGAUGGUGACAUCGAUUUUGAUUUGAGGAUGUACGAGUUUGGAACUACAGUGACCGACAGCCCAGUUGCAUUGUCAUCAUACACCAUCGAGUCUAUCCCAACAGCGGUUUCGGGCAGGACCGCCCGGAAAUAUGUUUCCAGCUCUGGUGGUAAAUUUGGAAUCAAGGCAACUUCGAUGAUGUUCGGCCAUGGCUGCGACAACCCAACGGAUCCAAACAACCUGACCAACAUCACUUGUCCGGAUGCGACGUCGGCACCCGUUGACCAGGCGAAGCGGUGCUUCAUGGCCGAGUUCAACAACACGAGCGAGUUCGAGCUCGGCUUCCAGGUCCUGACCUACCAUCCCGAAGACCACGUCCAGGUGUGGGGCCGCAACUUCGCCUUCGCGGGGACGUCCGACUACUUCGUCGUCGAGGGGGCCGCGACGUGCCGCCCCACGGCCAGGGAAUACUUCGAGAGUCUGGUCACCCCUGCGCCGACGUCCUCGCCGACGGCAGCACCGACGGCUUCUCCGACGCCGUCUCCGACUCCGCCACCGACGUCUGCACCGACACAGGCACCCACGGAUGCGCCCACGAGAGCGCCCACAGAGGUUCCGACUCCAGGCCCGACGCCCGCGCCGACGCCUGCGCCGACGGGCGCCCCCACGGGUGCACCGACGCCCGCCCCGACGGCCACGCCGACGGCCACCCCGACGGCCGCGCCGACGGGCGCUCCCACGGCUGCACCGACGCUCGCCCCGACGGCCACGCCGACGGCCGCCCCGACGGCCGCGCCGACGAAUGCCCCGACGAGCGCGCCGACGCCCUAUUCCGGGGAACAAAGAACGAUACAGACAUAG